GGGACUGAUAUAUGUGGCGUCCAACUCGGUAUCCUUUCCGUGUAAGCGCAUUUUGUGAUAAUUUCGGUGUCCACAUGUGAUAGUAAAAUAGGAAACCUCAAUUGACGCGCGUCCUCGCCGGGAAUGCAAUAAUGGGUCCGCAGACGGCCGAAGAACCUGCUUGACAGGUAAAGAAUCGAGCGGAACGCGAGUCGUGGGGCACCUGUUUUAACCCAAGUGGCUCUAUUGUGGAACACAAAGCCUCUUACCUCUUCAGCGAACUCGAAGUCCCCGUCGAACUUCCUCUUCCUUUUGGCGUCGGUCGUGCAAACGACGGCCGCCGCGACGACCAGGACCAGAAUCACUCGCAUUGGGGCGCGUCUCCCGCCAAAUUUAACUGGAGGAUUGGACAACUUACUCUCGUCCUUUUUUUAUUUACAAGAUGGUUCACUUUCGCUGCACUGGGCGAGUGACCGCUCAAACGUAUUCUGGCUCACUGACUAUGGACGACCGGCCGCGACAAACCACGACCACUUUUUGAUUAUAUUCGAUUUCAGUGGCCGUCUCUUUUCCAUGGAGAUUGCGCGGCGCCACACAAGAAAAGCUUUCUUGUGCAGGAUGCCGUGGUGGGGAAACUUCGAAUACCAAAUCAAUGCCCAAUGCAGUGAAUGUAGACGCGGAAUGGAAUCGCUUUUACGCCCAUUUCUGACUACUCUCAUGAAAAAUUGCAAAGAUGGGCUUUUUCAGUGACACGCCUACCGAGACGCUGAUUUACACGUGCUCGCAGGCAAUGGCGAUACUAACGGACAACUGGUUAUUAGACAUCUCUAGCAUCUUGACAGCACUUAUUGCUGUCUUUAUUGCUUGGACGCAAUGGUCUCACACUUACUGGUCUCGUAAAAACAUUUUAGCACCCAAGUCGACGUUUUUCUUUGGUAACAGCAAAGGCAUCGUCACACAGAAACAAUCUUUGGGAGACUUUAUGAUCGAAAUCUAUGAAUACAUCCGCAAGCAUCACAAACCUCACGGUGGUUUUUAUCUAACCAUCAUGCCUAAUUACAUGCCUGUUGAUCCAGAAAUUAUCAAACAUAUAAUGCUACACGAUUUUGAUCACUUUGUUGACCGAGGAGUGUAUUACAACGAAGAUGUUGAUCCCUUAAGUGCCCAUUUAUUUUCUUUGGACGGAGCUAAAUGGAGAAAUUUGCGAAUGAAACUCACACCUACCUUUACUUCGGGAAAAAUGAAAAUGAUGUUUGAUACUUUGGUAAAAUGCAGUGAUCAGUUACUGGUAGAGAUGGACCAAACUGUUGGAAAAGCUCCAAUUGAUAUAAAAAAUAUAUUAGCGAGAUUCACAACUGACAUUAUUGGGUCUUGCGCUUUUGGAAUCGACUGCAACUCGCUUAAGAAUCCCGACGACGAGUUCACUCAGUAUUUAAAACUGUUUUUCGUCGAAGGAUUUUGGGAAAACAUCAACGGAAUUAUUACUUUUGUGGCACCCGAAUUUGCUAAAAAACUCAAAUUGAGGGUUGUCAAUCCCGAUUUGUCCAAAUUUUUCAUGAAAGUGGUGCAAGACACUGUCAACUUGCGUGAACGAAAUAACAUUUACCGUAAAGAUUUUAUGCAUCUUUUGCUUCAACUUAAAAACCGUGGAAAACUUGUUGACGACGACAGUAUUUUAAAAAGUAACACUGAUGGGGAAAACAAGGAAGUAACAUUGACCUUGAAUGAACUCGCAGCGCAAGCUUUUGUUUUCUUUCUUGCUGGUUACGAGACUUCUUCCACCACCAUGACAUUUUGUUUAUAUGAAUUAGCGUCAAAUCCUGAAAUUCAGCAAAAGCUUCGGGACGAAAUUAACGAAGUUUUUAAAAAACAUGAGAAUAAAUUAACUUAUAAUGCUAUUAUGGAAAUGCGAUAUAUGGAUAAAGUUGUAAAUGAAACUCUACGCAAGUAUCCUCCUCUUCCGGGGUUGAUUCGUAUCUGCAACAAAAAAUACAAAGUUCCAGGAACAGAUUUUGUAAUUGAAAAAGGAACGAAAAUCUGGAUCCCGGUUCUAGGUUUGCACCGGGACCCUGAAUAUUAUCCAAAUCCAGAGAAAUUUGACCCAGAAAGAUUUUCGGAAGAGAACAAGAGACAGAGACAUCCGUAUACGUAUCUUCCUUUUGGUGAAGGUCCAAGGAUUUGCAUCGGUCUGCGAUUUGGAAUGAUGCAAACAAAAGUGGGACUAAGUGUCCUUUUAAAGAAUUACAAAUUUUCCAUUAAUUCGAAAACAAAAUCACCGUUGCAACUUGAUCCUAAAAGUUUCGUCAUGAAUCCUGAAGGCGGAAUAUGGCUUGAUUAUACGCGUGUUUGAACUGUAUUUACAAAAAUUAAUAUAAAAAAAUAUGAAAAUAUAUUAAAUUCGUUUAAUAAUAAUAAUAUAAAA